UUGACCAAGAAAAUAGAUUCCGGCGCAAUGGUUAGCAACCAGAAAAAGUAUCGGAUCCAGUCCUAGAAGACCAAACUUCUUCGGGGAAGUAAACCGGUCAUAACCGGCCCAACGGUUAAGCUUUUUUUGCGUUAUCCGAGAAUGUCUUCUUCAGUUUGAAAGACCGAAAAUUAAGGAAUUAGGCACGUUGGUGAGAAGAGACUGAGUUAGUGGAUUUUGUCCUAAAACUCGUCACAAUAAGUCAGCUUUAGGCUUCAGCUUUAAGUAUCUCCAGCUCCUUCAUUCUUCAAGCAGACACAAAACACACACUUUUCCUCCGCAGCUCUCGGAUCUCUAAUUCAAAUAGCGUUCUAACUUUGAGGUUGAAAAACAAUCUCAUGAGUCUCUUAGACUUUUCCUCGAGAAACCAGAGACGAAAGGUUUCCAUCAAAACAUCAAGGAACGUCUCUUCUUCUCUGAACCAAUAACUGAAAGAUAAUAUAUUUUUGGUCAAGAAGAGGAAAUGGGAAGAGCAUGUUUACCGAGAUGGCGAUUAGGAAGACUAAUGGCAGGAUUACAAGUAAUCUUGGGAUUACUGGUGAUCACUGUGAGCCUCUCAUGUCUCUUCCGAUUCCAUUCCGCUGGUUACUUCUUGCACAACGAAGACGUUUGCAACAAUAUCUACACAAUCAAAGAAGUCAGCAACGAAGGAUUCGACAUAAAGGCGCUACAUGAUCGCGUUGAUGAAGUACUAGAAAAGAUGGACAACUUGUACGAGAAGCUUGAGAAGACGGUAAAAGAGAUGGAGAAGAGCAAAGACGGAAGCAAAAAGGAGAUGAAGAAGUUUCUUGAAGAUGAAGUGAUGAAGCCAUUUUAUUAUGCUCAUAUCGGAUUAAGGCAAAUCCGGUUACCAAAACCCGAAGGAAUCAGAAACUCGACGGAAAAGGAAGAGCCUUUGAUCAAUAAGUUUCUCAUUGAGGAGAUAAGGCAGUACAUUACACCCAAGGAGAAUCGGGUUGGGAAGAUAAACAUGUUUGGAACAGAGAGAGUUUACAACACUAUUGGUCAUGCUUGUGCGUUGAUGAAGAUAGAGCUAGAGAAGUAUAUGGAUUAUGACGUUGGAGCGUAUUGCGAUGAUGAUUGGAACUUAGCACAGAAGCUGAUGCUUAACGGGUGUGAUCCAUUACCUAGAAGACGAUGCUUGACAAGAGCAUCGAUGACUUACCAGAAACCUUAUCCGAUCAACGAGUCUUUGUGGAAGCUUCCUGAUGAUAGAAAUGUAAGAUGGGGAAAUUACCAAUGCAGGAAUUUCGCGUGUUUAUCAAGCAAGAACCCGAAAAGGGGUUACACGAAAUGCAGUGGUUGUUUUGAAAUGGAGAAAGAGGGUGAUAAAUGGGUCAAGAACAGUACUUUGUUAGUUGACUUCAUGAUUGAGGAUGUUCUGAGAGUGAAGCCAGGUGAGAUUAGGCUUGGACUGGAUUAUGGUGUUGGGACAGGGACAUUUGCAGCAAGAAUGAGAGAGAAGAAUGUGACUAUUGUCACAACUGCUUUGAAUUUGGGAGCUCCUUUCAAUGAGAUGAUUGCUUUGAGAGGUUUGAUCCCAUUGUACUUAUCUUUGAACCAGAGGCUACCGUUCUUCGAUAACACAAUGGAUAUGAUUCACACUGCCGGGUUAAUGGAUGGUUGGAUCGAUCUUCUUCUGAUGGAUUUCGUGUUAUAUGAUUGGGACCGAGUGCUGAGACCGGGUGGGUUACUGUGGAUUGAUAGAUUCUUCUGUAAAAAGAAGGAUCUUGAUGAUUAUAUGUACAUGUUCCUGCAAUUUCGGUACAAGAAACACAAGUGGGCUGUUUCACCUAAAUCAAAGGAUGAGGUUUAUCUCUCUGCAUUGCUCGAGAAACCUCCUCGUGCAAUUUAAGGAUUACAUUAUUAAGUUUAAGCUUCAAUGUUUGUAAUUGACAUUCUUACUCAUUUGAUUGGCUAAUCCUUGUCUUAGUUUGAAUACAACAGAGAUUUUCA